GCGAGAGGUGGCUGUGUCGUUUUUCUCGGGCCGGACUGAACUCUUUUUAGCAGAGGCCACCACCAUGCGUCGGCGGCUAUUCAGCACUUGUGCUGUACGGUUCCAUGAAAAUCCUCUAGGUCUUCCCAGACAGAAAACGGUGCCUCCGCAGAUCCCACGGAGGACGGGUCCUCCAGCGAAGAGAGGCGUGCCUAAUGUAAAAAAGGUUAUUGUGGUUGCUAGUGGGAAGGGAGGGGUGGGGAAGAGUACGGUUACUGUGAACUUGGCUUUCGCAUUGGCGAUGCUCCCACAGCGGUUGCGGGUGGGUAUCCUGGAUCUGGAUAUAUUUGGACCGUCGGUGCCUACGCUUAUGGGUCUGUCUCAUGUUGGGGAACCUAAUCUCACUGAAUCUGGUGCGCUCCUGCCGGUGACGAACCAUGGACUAUCGACGAUGUCAAUGGGGUACCUCUUACCGAAGGGCAAGGCCGUUCAGCAGUUGUUGUUCGACGUGGAUUGGACGGGGGGAAGUGGGGGACGCGGGUUGGACAGUUCUUGUGGUUCGGUUAUUGUGUCGACGCCGCAGGAUGUAGCUCUGACGGACGUGAAGAAGGGAAUUACAAUGUUCCGCAAGGUUUCGGUGCCUGUGACCGGUCUGAUAUUGAAUCAGUCCCAUUUCAUCUGUGGGAAGUGCUCGACACCUCAUUACCUUUUCGGUUCACCAGAGAGGUUUCACGAGGCUGCAAAGCAGAUGGAGGUGGAUAUACUUGCCGAGCUUCCUCUGGUGCCGGGUGUCAGUGAAGGUGGCGAUUCAGGAACACCAUAUACGUUGAGUGGGCGAAAUGAGGACGAAGCUGGAGGAAAGGCUUGGAAUGAGGCAAUGAGAAGUGUAGCAGAAAAGGUCUGGGCGGCGUUGCAGGGAUCUCAUGUUUCCUAGCCUAACUGCGAGAAUUUAUGCAU